AUGUAUUUUACAUACCUCCUCGCGGCACUCGCCGCUCCGGUCCUAUCCUCCUCCCACUUCAAUCCCUUAGAACAUUCCGCCGGUAUCGCGCCUUACUACACCCCGAACGACCCUCCACUCGAAUCAUCUCCUCCACAAGGCUGCAAUGUCACUCGAGCAUCGUAUCUAGUUCGCCAUGCGGCAAUUUAUGCCAAUGAUUUCGAUUACGAAACAUACCUCGAGCCAUUCGUGAAGAAAUUACAAAACACAACGCAGAAUUGGUCUUCAACAAAGUCCCUGAAGUUUUUAUCGGAUUGGACUGCCCCGAUUAACGAGGAGCACCUGGAGAAGCUUACUCGUGUUGGACUGCAACAGGCACAAAAGCUUGGAAUCAGCCUUCACAAAAAAUAUGCGCAUCUCCAGACCCCUGCCAAAGUUUGGUCUUCGACAGCGGACCGAACGGUGAACAGCGCGCACAGCUUCAUCUCGGGAUUUACAAACAAUCACACAAAAUCAAUCAACCUGACGCAAAUUGCGGAAAGCAAAAAGGCGGGCGCUGAUUCCCUGACGCCGUACAAGGGUUGUUCUGCAUACAGCUCUUCCUACGGUAGUGACCAGUCAUCUGCAUUCGGCAAAGUAUACACAAAGCCCAUCAUCACCCGUCUGAACGCCGAAGCCCGGUCUUUCAAUUUCACCCAAGAUGACAUCACCGGCAUGUUCGAGCUGUGCGGUUACGAGACUGUCAUUCGAGGCUCGUCAGCGUUCUGCUCCCCAAAGCUCUUCAACUCAGACGAAUGGCUAGGUUUUGAGUACGCAAAUGACCUGAUGUAUUUCCACAACACAGGCUACGGUCGGCCGUUAUCUGCCAGCCUCGGAAUCCCGUGGGUGAAUGCCAGUGUCGCAGCAUUGGAUGAUGAGUCUUCCUCUCAGGAGCUGUAUGUCUCGUUCACUCACCGUGAGCUUCCGCCUACUGUUAUCACUGCGCUGGGACUGUAUAAUAAUAGCGCAUACUCGGGUGCGAACCAUGUCAAUGGUACCAUGCCUGAGAACAGAAUCAAUUAUAACCGUGCUUGGAAGAGUAGUGAGAUUCUUCCAUUCCUCACGAAUGUUGGUAUUGAGAAGAUGUCGUGUGAGAGUGAUGGAUUCGAUGAAGGCGAUUACUACCGGAUCUUGAACAAUGCUGGUCCUCAGCCGUUGGUGGAUUGCCGGGAUGGGCCUGGUGGAAGCUGCUCAAAGAAGCAGUUUCAUGGUUUCGUGAAAGGAAGAGUUGAGCAAUUCGGUGAUUAUAACAAGGCAUGUGGUGGUGAUAGUGACUACCCGUCGUCCUUGUCUAUUUACAAGGCUUAA